AUGGCUGCCUGGGCCCUCGCUGCCGACGACUCGCUUCCACAAUGGUACCAACCGGCGAAGGUGUCAGCGAAGACGGAACGCAAGAAGCGCCCUCUACCGUCACGGACAGAACAGGUGAACAUGCUGCAGGCCGGACACACAUACGACGUGCUCAUCAUCGGCGGUGGAGCCACGGGUGCCGGCUGUGCUCUCGACGCUACCACGAGAGGUCUCCGUACAGCUUUAGUAGAGGCGGAUGACUUUGCAAGUGGUACAUCCAGCCGCAGUACUAAACUAAUUCACGGUGGCGUUCGUUACCUACAAAAAGCUAUUAUGCAGCUUGAUUAUGAUCAAUAUAAAAUGGUGAAAGAGGCUUUACAUGAACGUGCCAACAUGCUGGAAGUAGCCCCCCACCUAACUCGACCGUUGCCUAUUCUACUACCUGUAUACAAGUGGUGGCAAGUCCCCUACUAUUGGUUCGGUAUUAAGAUGUACGACUUAGUAGCUGGCGACAGAAACGUGAAGAGCUCAUACUACCUCUCGAAGAAGAAUACUCUCGAACUAUUCCCUAUGUUAAAGUCAGACAAUCUUUGCGGAGGUAUCGUCUACUAUGAUGGUCAGCAAGAUGAUGCCCGUAUGAAUUUGGCAAUCGCACUGACGGCAGCGCGACAUGGCGCGACUAUCGCUAACCACGUCAGCGUCACCAAGUUACACAAAACUGCUGGAAAGCUCAGUGGAGCUAGACUUAGGGACGAAUUGACGGGUAAGGAGUGGGAUAUAAAGGCGAAAUGUAUCAUCAACGCGACCGGCCCUUUCACGGACACCAUCAGGAAAAUGGACGACGAAACCGUGAAGGAGAUCUGCUGCCCGUCCUCGGGAGUUCACAUUGUGCUGCCCGGUUAUUACAGUCCGGAGCACAUGGGUCUGCUGGACCCGGCGACGUCAGACGGGCGCGUGAUCUUCUUCCUGCCGUGGCUGAAGGGCACCAUCGCGGGCACCACCGACCUGCCGUGCCAGGUCACGCACAACCCCAAGCCCACCGAGGACGAGAUCCUCUUCAUCCUCACCGAAGUCAAGAACUACCUCAACCCUGACGUUGAAGUGCGGCGCGGCGACGUGCUGUCGGCGUGGUCUGGCAUCCGGCCGCUGGUGUCGGACCCCAACAAGCCGGACACGCAGUCGCUGGCGCGCAACCACAUUGUGCACGUGUCGCCCGCCGGCCUCGUCACCAUCGCCGGCGGCAAGUGGACCACCUACCGCGCCAUGGCCGCCGAGACCAUCGACGCCGCCAUCGAAAGUGCAAACCUGAAGCCGUUGUACAGGGAAUGCCAAACUGACGGGUUCCUUAUUGAAGGAGCACAUGGUUGGACGCCCACGAUGUACAUCAGAUUAGUGCAAGAUUUUGGUCUAGAAAUGGAGGUUGCCCAACACUUGGCGAAGUCCUACGGUGACAGAGCUUUCGCAGUAGCAAAGAUGGCAUCUAUGACUGGCAAGAGAUGGCCGAUCAUCGGCAAAAAGGUCCACCCUGAGUUCCCAUACAUAGACGCUGAAAUCAGAUACGGCGUGCGCGAAUACGCGUGUACUGCGGUGGACAUGAUCGCGCGGCGGCUGCGACUCGCCUUCCUCAACGUACAGGCGGCCGUCGAGGCGCUGCCCGCUAUCACUGACAUCAUGGCCGAGGAGCUCAAGUGGAGUGACGCCGAGAAGAACCGACAAAUUAAAAUAGCGAGUGAAUUUCUUGCCAACGAAAUGGGACAAAUGGUGAACCGUGCCAGUCGCGACAAGAUUCCGAUCAACCUCAGCAAGGAGGAGAUCCAGACCUACAUUAAACGCUUCCAGAUCAUCGACAAAGAUAGGAAGGGCUUUGUUUCCAUUAAUGACAUUAGAAGGAGUCUCAAGAACUACGGCGAGGACGUGACCGGGGAGCAGUUGCACGAAAUAUUGCGAGAGAUCGACACUAACAUGAACGGCCAGGUCGAACUUGACGAGUAUCUGCAGAUGAUGUCGGCCAUUAAGUCUGGUCACGUAGCAUAUUCGCGGUUCGCGCGCAUGGCUGAGAUGGAAGAAGAACACCACGAAAAAGAAUCGCUCAAGAAAAAGAUCACGGUAGAGAGGAGUGGCGGAGGCUUAUAA